AUGCCCGGCAUGAUUGAGGAGAACCCCGAGCUCGUCCAGCCCGAGAACUGGGCGCGCAUGAAGUCGUGGUCCGGCAAGACGCCCGUCUUCCUCUUCCACGACGGCGGCGGCACCACCUUUGCCUACCACUGCCUGGACCCCCUGAAGCGCUUCGUCUACGGCGUCCGCAACCCGUACUUUUACAGCGAGAAGCGCUUCGAGGGCGGCCUGCCCGAGAUGGCCGCGCAGUACGUCCUCUGGGUCAAGGCCGCCGUCGCCGCCGACGCCUUCCCCGCCAAGCGGCGCGCCGGCGGCACGACGAUGACGCCCGUCGACAUCCUCAUCGGCGGCUGGAGCCUCGGCGGCAUGACGAGCCUCGAGGUGGCGCGGCAGCUCCAAGGCGACGCCGACGUGCGCGUCAAGGGCAUCCUCAUGAUUGACAGCGCCUUCCCCGCGCUGCUCGCCGAGCGCCGCCAGCAGGUCGUCUCGGCGGCCGACGACGACCCCUCGGCGCUGGCGCGGGAAGAGGCCGGCAAGACGAAGAACCAGGUGCUCUCCAUCCGCGCCAUGCGCGAGGCCCGCCGCAUGAUUGCGCGCUGGGACCUGCCGCGCUGGGAGGGCGAGGCGGCGGGCCGGCGCCCGCCGGCGAUUCUGAUUCGCGCGCGCGACAGCCUCUACGCGCAGGACUGGACGGCGUCGAUUGACUCGAACCGCGGGUGCGCGAUGCUCGGCUGGGAGCGGUACGACGCCGACAUGUUUGCCGACGUAAUCGACGUCGACGGCCACCACUUCAACAUGUUUGACCACUCGCGCAUCCCGGGCAUCACGGCGGCGAUCAGCAAGGCGCUGCUGAAGCUGGAUCCGCCGGACGAGGCGUCGUCGUCGGAUGGCUGGGACAUGGCGCAUUCUGGGUUUUGA